AUGACGCCCACGACCGCCACGACCAUUGGAAGUAGCAGCGUUAGUACCUCGACUAUCACUUUGACUUCGACUGCCACUUCGACUGCCACUUCGACUAUCAUUUCGACUGCGGAUGGGACCUGUCCUGCAGUACCAACUUCGACUCAGACAGCCACAAGCACUGUGACUGUUCCUGGAUCUGGAUCCGCCACAUCGACUGAGACUGCCACUGUCACUGUCAGCGUUGGUGCCGGUGCUACGGCCACAUCCACUGAGACUGCCACUGUCACUGUCAGCGUUGGUGCCGGUGCUACGGCCACAUCCACUGAGACUGCCACUGUCACUGUCAGCGUUGGUGCCGGUGCUACGGCCACAUCCACUGAGACUGCCACACUCACUGUCACUGUUGGUGCUGGUGCUACUGCCACAUUGACCGAGACUGCCACAUCAACUGAGACUGCCCUGAUCACUGUCAGUGUUGGUGCCGGUGCUACUGCCACAUCGACCGAGACUGCCACAUCGACCGAGACUGCCACAUCGACCGAGACUGCCACAUCGACUGAGACUGCCACUCUCACUGUCAGCGUUGGUGCCGGUGCCACUGUUACUGUUCCUGGAUCAUCUGCCACAUCCACCGAGACUGCCACUGUCACUGUCAGCGUUGGUGCCGGUGCUACGGCCACAUCCACUGAGACUGCCACUGUCACUGUCAGCGUUGGUGCCGGUGCUACGGCCACAUCCACUGAGACUGCCACACUCACUGUCACUGUUGGUGCUGGUGCUACUGCCACAUUGACCGAGACUGCCACAUCAACUGAGACUGCCCUGAUCACUGUCAGUGUUGGUGCCGGUGCUACUGCCACAUCGACCGAGACUGCCACAUCGACCGAGACUGCCACAUCGACUGAGACUGCCACUCUCACUGUCAGCGUUGGUGCCGGUGCCACUGUUACUGUUCCUGGAUCAUCUGCCACAUCCACCGAGACUGCCACUGUCACUGUCAGCGUUGGUGCCGGUGCUACGGCCACAUCCACUGAGACUGCCACUGUCACUGUCAGCGUUGGUGCCGGUGCUACGGCCACAUCCACUGAGACUGCCACACUCACUGUCACUGUUGGUGCCGGUGCUACUGCCACAUCGACCGAGACUGCCACAUCGACCGAGACUGCCACAUCAACUGAGACUGCCCUGAUCACUGUUAGUGUUGGUGCCGGUGCUACUGCCACAUCGACCGAGACUGCCAUAUCGACCGAGACUGCCACAUCAACUGAGACUGCCCUGAUCACUGUCAGUGUUGGUGCCGGUGCCACUGUUACUGUUCCUGGAUCAUCUGCCACAUCCACCGAGACUGCCACUGUCAUUGUCAGUGUUGGUGCCGGCGCUACUGCCACCAGCACUGUUACAAGCACUGUCACUUCGGCUGUGUCUGCCACAAGCAUAGUCACUGCGACUUCGACUGAGUUAAUCACUGUCAGUGUUGGACUUGGUGCGACUGCUACUAGCAAUGUUACUGCUACGAGCACUGCGACUUCGACUGCCCUAAUCACUAUCAGUGUUGGUGCCGGUGCCACUGCCACAACCACUGUCACAAGCACCGUCACUUCUGCUGGGUCUGCCACGGUGACUGCAACUUCGACCGAGUUGAUCACCAUCAGUCUUGGACUUGGUCAGACUGGCACCAGCACUGUCACGAGCACUGUCACAGCUUCUGGAUCUGGCGCAACUACGACUGCAACUUCGACUGCGACCACGACUGAGUUGAUCACCAUCAGUCUUGGACUUGGUCAGACUGGCACCAGCACUGUCACGAGCACUGUCACUUCUGCUGGGUCUGCCACGGUGACUGCAACUUCGACCGAGUUGAUCACCAUCAGUCUUGGACUUGGUCAGACUGGCACCAGCACUGUCACGAGCACUGUCACAGCUUCUGGAUCUGGCGCAACUACGACUGCAACUUCGACUGCGACCAUGACUGAGUUGAUCACCAUCAGUCUUGGAGUUGGCCAGACUGCCACCAGCACUGUUACAGACACAAGCACUAUCACAGCUUCUGGAUCUGCGACGGCGACUGCCACAAUUACUAUCAGUGUUGGACUUGGUGCGACUGCCACUGAAACUGCUACAAGCACUGCCACGAGCACUGUCACUGCUUCUGGAUCGACUACGACUGCGACCACGACUGAGUUGAUCACCGUCAACCUUGGAAUCGGCCAGACUGCCACUAGCACUGUCACUAGCACUGCCACAAGCACCGUCACUGCUUCUGGAUCUGGGGCAACUGCGACUACGACUACGACUACGACUACGACUACGACUGCGAGCUCGACAUGCCCAGCUGGCUCGACUACGACUGAGACUGCGUUGAUAACUGUCACAGCCUCCGUCUCACUCCCAAUCCCACUUGAGACUUAUGCUGCAGCAACUCCCACAAUUGCAGCCCGCACCGCCAAGAAGACCACGUGGGCGUGA